AUGACACCCCGUCGAUCAAGCAAACGAGUAGGACGGCCCCGUCUAGACACCACCGCCGCCACCACCAACACCACCGCCAUCCUCUCUCCCAAUCGUCGCACCCAAGUCCGUCGUGCUCAGCGCACAUACCGACUCAAAAAGGAAGCCGUGUUCCGAAAUGCGAUCGACAGAGCCGAGCAGCUUGAAGCGAGAUUCCGCAUCGUCAGGGAAGAGGUAGCAGGGCUACUCGCUGAUGUCGCCACUGAGGAACAGCAACUACAUCCUACAAUCCAUACUCGCUUGAAACGACUUCAUGAGAUUCUCCUAUCCGAUGACGGUGAUAACACACCAGUCGCGACAAGCACAGACAAUACUACACCAUCAUCCUCAUCCUCAUCCACGUCCACAGAAUCAGAUUCAUCUCCCCCGGUACAACACCACCAACAACCAACAUACCCCAAUAACAACCACCCUCUAAUCCCUAACCAACCACUCACACACCUCCCAACAAAACACCACACCUACGCCUUCCACGAACCCCGUUUCUUGCGCAAACUCCACCGCUACACCCUCGAGCACGCCUACCGCCUCUUCACCGACCCGCGCUCCAACCCAUCCACCAUCUACCGCGUCUUCCGUCUCGUCCCCUGUAUUCGUGACCCGCAGAAGACACAGCCUCGCUUCAAGCAGCUCUUAACGGGCGGGUGUACCGAUCCGCUAGAGGUACCGGGAUUACCCUUCUAUGGUAUCGGCGGCGCGGGCACGCACUUCCGGGGUGUUGACGGGGAUGUACCGCGGAAUAGGAGGAUGCCGGGGAGGGUGGGUAAUGUUUUGGAAAUGUAUGGCCUUGGAGGGACGUGGUUUGAUUGUCGUGAUGUCGAGGGGUUUUUGGGGUUGAUGGGGGUGGAUGUAUCGAAUGGGGGGAUGUUCUUGAGGUGUAGUGGGUCUGGGUCUGGGGAUUCUGUGGGGGAGUAUGUUUUGGAUGUUGAGGGGUUCUUUUCGAGGCUUCUUCCUGGGCUUGUGAUUCUGGGUCGUGCGCCGGGGUUUAGGGAGGUGGAUGUUAGGCGGGCGUUGCAGGGUUCGGUGAGGAGGGUUGAUCAUAUAUGA